AAAUGCCGUCCAUCAGUAAAACGAAAAGCGGGGAGCGCUAUCGAGCGCCUACCGAUCAAGCUCGUAAAAUGGAUCGAAAAAAGGAAAACAAGAGAAACAAAAAAGACAGGCAGCAAAUAAGACAAGCUAUGGCGAAAUACUGUAAUCUGGAUGAGACAACGAGCAAACUUUUGGCAUUAGAACGGCAGAUCCUUGGAUUAGAUCCUCAACCGUUCCAUAUCGAUGUUCUCAGAAAGAAGCAGAAAGUGCUGACAGAUUCGAUUAAUAAAAGACGGAUGACAUUGCAACAGGGAAAAGAAGACGCUGAAUUAAAGAAGUUUAAUGACAAAAUCAAUGCAUAUCAGUCAGAUUGUCAAAAACUAGCUGUUCUUGCUCAACAAGCUCGUCUUGCCCGCGAAGCUGACCCGGACAUGAUCCCCUUACCAAUGGGAGAUGUUUCUACUGCCGGACCUGAAAGAAAUAAUCAACUACUUGCUCCUGCUAUGAUAAAACGUAAAGUGGAAUUUCAACUUCCUCCUAGACCUGUUCGUGUAGCUGGACAAAAGCCUCCUGGGCCGCCUUGUGGAUUGGCUCCAAAUUUCAGUGACAGCGAAGAAGAAGAAGAGGAAGUGCACGAUGAUCACUAUGACGACAUCGAUCUUGCGCCCGUACCUAUUCCCGAAUUCGACAACCCGUACCAGCCAAUUCAUAGAAAUUACGGACCUCCAUCCUCAUAUAACUCAAUGCCAACCAGAAUGCCGCACCAUCAUCACCACCAUCACCCACAUGCGAGUUCUCAUUACAAUCCAAUGGGUUUCCAAAACCAUCACGAAGAAGCUGUUAUUUCGUCGGCUCCACAAAUUAAUCGCAGUAAUGAACCUGCUGCUCCAGCAACACUUUCUGCUGCUCCUGAACUACGAAACUUACGACGAGAAACUGUCAAAUUAGUGCCGGCACAAUUGCUCCGUCGUCCAGGAGACAACAAGACUAUCGUCCCACGACAAGCGGCUCCAGUACAAAGGCGACCGGAGGUUCAGAAGCAAGCAAAAAAUACCGAUGAAGCUUAUAAUGAUUUUAUGAAAGAAUUGGAUGGUCUCAUUUGAAUUUGGAUACUGUUACGAGUUUUCUUUUUUAAUUAUUGGCGUUUAAAAUAAAAAAUUAUUUCUAGU